CCAAAUUAUAUACAUAUCGAAGUGUAUGUAUAUUACAUAUGUGCAUUAAGUUUUUUACUUACUCCAUCGCAAAAUUAAAAUCAAGUAAUCGAACUGUGUCGUAAAUUGUUAUCCUUAUUUAUCCAGUAAUCCUAAGAAGUUGCAAAAUAAAGAAUAAUGACACAAUUUCCUGGAACCAUCGCUUUUGAUGAAUAUGGCCGGCCUUUUAUUAUUUUGCGUGACCAGGAGAAACAAAAGAGAAUUACAGGGACAGAUGCUAUUAAGAGCCAUAUAUUAGCUGCGAAACAAAUUGCUCAAACAUUAAAAACAUCUUUGGGCCCAAAGGGUUUGGAUAAAAUGAUGGUGAGUGCUGAUGGGGAAGUAUCUGUAACUAACGAUGGUGCCACAAUAAUGAAAUUGAUGGAUGUUGAUCACGAAAUUGGUAAACUAAUGGUACAAUUAAGCCAAUCUCAGGAUGAUGAAAUAGGCGAUGGAACAACCGGCGUUGUUGUAUUGGCUGGAGCACUAUUAGAACAAGCUGAAGCUUUGAUUGAUAGAGGAAUUCAUCCUAUUCGCAUAGCUGACGGAUUUGAAUUAGCUGCACAGUGUGCUGUAAAACAUUUGGAUUCAAUAUCUGAACCGUUUCCUGUUGAUAUCAAUAAUAAAGAACCGUUAAUUCAAAUUGCAAUGACUACUCUUGGAAGUAAAAUUGUGAAUAAAUGUCAUCGUCAAAUGGCAGAAAUUGCUGUUGACGCUGUUUUAACUGUUGCUGAUUUCGAAAAAAAAGAUGUCAAUUUCGAAUUGAUUAAAAUUGAAACUAAAGUCGGUGGUCGUAUGGAAGAUUCAUGCUUGGUAAAAGGUGUAGUUAUAGAUAAAACUAUGAGUCAUUCUCAAAUGCCAAAAGUAUUAGAAGAUGUUAAAAUAGCUAUAUUAACAUGCCCAUUUGAACCACCAAAACCUAAAACUAAGCAUAAGUUAGACGUUACAUCCGCUGAAGAUUAUAAAGCUUUGAGAGAGUAUGAGCAGGAAAAAUUUACUGAAAUGGUAAAGCAAGUAAAAGAUGCUGGAGCAAAUUUAGUAAUUUGUCAAUGGGGUUUCGAUGACGAAGCUAACCACUUACUUUUAAAUCAUCAAUUACCCGCCGUCCGCUGGGUUGGUGGCCCUGAAAUUGAACUAAUAGCUAUUGCAACUGGAGGAAGAAUUGUUCCUAGAUUUGAAGAACUUUCUGCUGCAAAACUAGGACAUGCUGGACUUGUUCGCGAACUAUCUUUUGGUACAUCACGUGACAAUAUGCUGGUUGUUGAAAAAUGUCAAAAUUCAAAGGCAGUAACUAUAUUACUUCGAGGAGGUAAUUUAAUGAUAACACAUGAGGCGAAGCGUUCUAUUCACGAUGCAUUGUGUAUUGUUAGAUCCUUGAUAAGGGAUUCUCGUGUUGUAUAUGGUGGAGGUGCUGCUGAAAUUAGUUGUUCUUUAGCUGUCGCUAAAGAAGCCGAUCAACUUUCAACUUUAGAACAAUAUGCCUUCAGAUCAUUCAGCGUUGCUUUGGAAAAUAUUCCACUAGCUUUAGCUGAAAAUUCUGGACUUCAACCAAUUGAAACUUUAACUGAAUUAAGGGCACGCCAAGUUGGAGAAAAAAAUCCAUAUCUUGGAGUUGAUUGUAUGUUUUCUGGGAAUUCUGAUAUGAAACAAAAUCAUAUUAUAGAAUCACUGCAUUCCAAGAAACAACAAAUUGUAUUGGCAACACAAUUAGUAAAAAUGAUUUUAAAGAUUGACGAUGUAAGGAGUCAACAUGACGGAGAUAUGUAAUUAAUGCAACCAUUUUUGUGCAAAGAUGAUUUUGUGCUUCUGUUUUUCAAAUUUUAUAAUAAAAUUCAUUUUCUCAUUUUUUAAUUCACAUUUAAUAUGCAUAUUACUAAUUUACUUUCAUGUACUCAAUAAAAGGCAACCUAUUUAAUAAAAAAAAAAAGUUCUCUUUAAAACUUGAAA